AUUCACACUUCAAUAGCAGUGCAAUCGACCUUAGAAGGUCUCCAAGGCCACAUGGAAUCAAGUGUUUUCUACUUCUCUAUGACUACUGGGGAAAGAAGUCUAAGUCUAAUUCAGAGGCCACAUGGUGUGGUAUGACAUGCAUCCAUUCUUGUCCCCCAAAGGAUGCUGCAGUUACCUAUAGCUAUCAGAUGAUUCGCUUCUUCCUUGCAUGUUCUCGUACCUUUCUAUCACUAUCUCUCUACAUUCUCAGUACAGUCAAAGAGGCCAUAAAGAAGGGGGAAGAGUUCUACAAGUAAGUGUGUAGGAUUCCCCUGACUGGAUUACUACUUCUGCUACCACAACUACAACUUUGCUUUUGAGAUUUAUUGCCUCUCCUCCCUCACUGACAUCCAUAUCCUCCCUCCUAUGCUUGUAGCUGGUUUCGAAGUUGUUCCCAGAGAAAUUACAUGUUCUGGCAUGGGAUAUCUCUCUAACAAUUAAUCCAAGAGGCUUUCUAGCUUGAGGUAUGAUCUGCUGAGCUAUCAUCUGUCACUCAUAUGUCCCAAGUUCUUGAGAGUGGAAUGGCUGUUGUUGCAGUGAACGGAGGAGGCUUUCCUGCUGUUACUGCUCCCAAGGUUUCAUUUCUCUUGAUCACUUCUUCCAUGCGAUUUGCCUUUACCCUCUGCUUCUCCUAGCCUGUGGUAAUCGGACUUGCAGAGAAGAGUGAGAGCUAGAACACAUGUCUUGGUUCCCAUGCCCGGUGGGCUUGUUGAGCUGCUGGUUUCGAAGCACGUAAAGUGUUUCCUAACUUCCUCCUCGAUCAAUCCACUGAGAGCUCACACACACCAUCCGAAUGACCAAGUUGUUUUCCUUCUUUGAGGAACACUCUUUUAUGUUCUAAACAGACUUAAAGAAGAUUUGCAUGUCAUGCACUGACAGAGGCAGAUCUUGCACACCGUAGAAUUCAUGAUGUCUCAGUGCACCUCGAACUCCUACGACCGCUCCAUCGAUAUGCCCAUGGCUGAUAACGGUGGAUACCCGAGUGCUGGUGGUGGUGGUGGUGGUGGCGGUGGUGGUGGGGAUGAUUCCCAGCCAUGGCUUGCCCCGCAGUUAGUCGCCACAGGCGCUCAAGCUCUUCCUUGGGAUCUCUACGCCACCCAGUCGAACUUGUUCGACAGGACGAUGGAUGACGACAUCCUCCACGAUGGCUCUACCAGGAACUUCUUCCAUUGCGGCAAUCCUCCACCUCCGCUGUCGGAGUCUAUGGUCGACGAUGGCAUCCCGGACGACGCACCGGCGUAUCACAAUUUUGGGGAGAUGGUUGGCCACGGUAAGGAGUCGCUGAAGAUGGAAGGCAGCGCCCGAACCGAGUCGGGCUCGGACGGCAGCGACGACGACGAGGAGCACCGGCCGGCGAGGAGGUCCGGUAAGCAACACUGCUCGAAGAACCUCUUCGCGGAGCGGAAGAGGAGGAAGAAGCUCAACGAUCGGCUCUUUGCUCUGCGCGCGCUGGUUCCAAAGAUCACAAAGAUGGACAGGGCUUCGAUACUAGGAGACGCCAUCGAGUACGUGAUGGAUUUGCAGAAGCAAGUGAAGGAUCUGCAGGACGAGCUGGAGGAGACGAAUCAGGAGGACGCCGGCCACGACAAGCAGAUCGGAAGCAACCUCCACAACAGCAACGGCCAAAUGGAUGUCCCGAUCGCAAAUGGGUGGACGGAUCACGACGAUUCCGGGAACAAUCCGAGGACGGUCGCCGCAGCCGACGAUAACAAGCCAUCAUCCGACAAGGGUCAGCAGAUGGAGGUGAUCGAUCAUCUUUACAUGUUCUACCGCCGCAACGCAAGAAAGCCCUCCUUACUGCAUCUAGAUGCAAAUGAGCAGCCACAGGUGGAGGUGAGGCAACUGGAGGCGAACGAGUUCUUCGUAAAGGUGCUGUGCGAGCACAAGCAAGGAGGGUUCGCGAGGCUGAUGGAGGCGAUGAGCUCCCUCGGACUGGAAGUGACCGACGCCAGUGUCACCUCAUACGAAAGCCUAGUCUUGAACGUCUUCAGAGUCGAGAGAAGAGAUGCCCAAGUUGUGGAAGCAGAUCGAGUGAGGGACUCAUUGCUGGAGGUGACGCGAGAUCCGCAAGGGUGGUCAGGGCUUGCACAAGCAGCGGAGCAGCAGCAGCAGCAGCUCGGCUUCCAUCAUCACCUUCGUUACCUUCACCACCAAGCAUAGCUCGG